AAUACAUCAAACUACUAGUUAAUUUGUAUAUAAAUCGAAUUAUUUUUAGUAAAAAUUUAAUAACAAAAAAGAAAUCAUGAAGUGUAUCAUAUUAAUCGUGGGAGUUUUAGCCAUCUUAGCUUUAGCUCAAGCUGAUGAUGACGCUGCUCAAGCUCCACAAUCAGAACCGGAUUCAGAACAAGCACCCCAAGCUGAAGAACCCCAGGACGAUGAAAAUGAAAACCAACAUCAUCACGAACACAGACAUCAUCACAAACGUCCAUCAGAACAAUCACCUCAAUCUGAAGAACCUCAAGACGAUGAUAAUGAAAACCAACAUCAUCACGAACACAAACAUCAUCACAAACGUCCAUCAGAACAAUCACCGCAAUCUGAAGAAGCCCAGGACGAUGAUGCUGAAAACCAGAAUCCUCACGAACACAAACAUCAGCACAACCGACCAUCAGAACAAGAACCCCAAUCUGAAGAACCACAAGCCGAUAAACGUCCUGAUGGUAAACCACCAAAACGUACACCAGUUUUCGGCAUUGGAUUCGAUUUAAAUUUCGGCAAAUAGUUUUGUACAUAAUUCCUUAAAAGUAGAAACAUAUCCAUACGAAAUAACAACCAAUAAUAAAUCAUUGCAAAGCAAUCAAAUGUAAUUUUCUUUAUUGGAACAAUUAUAAGUAUUAGAGUGACUCCGUUUAUAUAUAGUGGAUAUUCCCAACUAAAAUUAAAGAUUACUUUAUUUAAAAAUACAAAUUCUUAAAAUGUU